CGUGUUUGUCAAGGGGCUGAAUUUUCUCGUGAAAACGGCAUUUUGUGUUAACUUCGCGGUUUUAGUAAAAACGCGAGCGGCCGACAACAUUUUGGCAAUUUAAUUAGAUUUUUAAAGGGGAAAAUUUCACGUGCCACAACUAAACGAAAUUGAAGUACUUGUCCGGCAAAAUGUGACAGAUUGAUUACGCAAACAGGGAUUCGAGAAAAUGGUCGAUAGACGGCGCCAGGUACAACCAAUCAAAUUGUCUGAAAAACUGCGGCAAAUUCAAAAUGAUUGUCUAGAAAAUUCCUAUGGUAGAUUUUUGGUUUUUAGGUUUUUUUGUGAGAAAACCGCAUUUCAUAUGAAGCAUUUAUCGAUAUCGAUAUUCGUAGGUAUCGAUACGCUGUACACACAAACGUCAAUCUCCAUGUGUUGUUUACUUUUAUAUUGAGGUUAUGUUUUUUGAAAACAAUAAUUUUUUGCUCUUGAAUUUAUUAAUUACUAGUACAAAAAUAUGGGUAAAAAAAGGAAAAUUAACGAAUCCAAAAGUGACGAGUUCGAAUUCGAUCCUGUACCGAAGCACUUGGUGACUGCCCACUUGAAAAACCAAGAAAAACGUCUGAUAAUUAUUCUAGAAGAUGCCAAUCUGGAAACUGUAAAGGUUGGUCAAAAAUUCGAACUCCUCAACUGCGACGACCACCUUCACAUUUUAAAAAAGAACAACCGAGAUCCAGGUUCUUGCCGGCCUGAUAUCACCCAUCAAUGUUUGCUUAUGCUAUUGGACAGCCCCCUAAACAGAGCAGGUUUAUUGCAAGUUUACUUGCACACUAGCAGUAAUGUAUUGAUUGAAAUUAAUCCACAAACCAGGAUACCGAGGACUUUUAAGAGAUUUGCGGGAUUAAUGGUUCAACUUCUUCAUAAGUUUUCCAUUAGAGCGGAAAGUGGGCCAAAAUUACUUAAAGUAAUUAAAAAUCCUAUAACAGACCAUUUGCCUGUAGGAGUUAGAAAAAUUGCAAUGUCUUUUUCAUCAAAAAUAGUGAAAAAUUGCAAAGAAUUGGUUCCCAAUGGAGAAGAGCCUAUUGUAAUGGUAAUUGGAGCUUUUGCCAGAGGAAGUUUAAAUGUUGACUAUGCCGAAGACAAUAUUUCCAUAAGCAAUUAUCCUUUAUCUGCCGCUUUGACUUGUACAAAAUUAUGUUCAGCUUUUGAGGAAGUUUGGGGCAUAAUUUAAAAUAAAACAAAUAAAAUCCGUAUAAUACAUCUUAGUUUAUUCUAACAUCACUAUAUCUGACUUAAAAUAAAAGAAUAAAUUGUAAAAAGAAGAAAAAAGAAAGGUAUAACAGCCAAACAUUAUAUUACAGUUAAAUAUACCAUAAAUUAAAUUUCAAUAAUAUACAUUAUUGUUUAGAGUUUGAAUAAUAUAAAAAGAUGUUUAUUUUUUUCAACUUUUUGGGCUGGACUAAACAAUAAUUUUUAAAUGGUUUUUUUAAAAAAAAGGGAAGACUUUUAGUCCAUCCCUCGUACAACUAAAUUUAUUUAAGUUACAUUCUAUGUUACAAUAUUUUACAUUUUUCUUUUUUAAAUAUAAAUAAUUAUUUGUUGGAAAAAGGAUUAACUAUUCCUUUUUGAGAAAAAUGCCAAUAAAUUAUUAUUGCUAAGAAGGGGAUAAUAAUAGAAUAGAAUAUGGAAUUAUUAUUUUUUUUUGUACAAAUUUUUAACUGAUUUACUACUACUAAUAUAGGUCUGUUUUUACAGAAAUCACAAAAAAGUCAGAGUGAAAUUUCAUUGGUUGAAACUAGUUUUCUGACUGUUUCGCUCUGAUUGGUUUGUGAUUCCUGCAGAAACAGACCUAAUUAUAAUUAUAAUCUUAUGAGACGUCCAUUAUUUUUUUUUUUAAUGUGAAUUUUCAAAAAAAUAUUUAGCAGUCUUAUACCUCAUCUACUUCAAUUGAUUUUAAGUAAAAGACCAAAUAAUAUUUUUCUUUUUUUUUUAAAGGAACACGCACGAGUCUUAUGAGAAAAAAUAAAUUUCAAGAUUGUCAUGAAAUUGAAAUAUGUUAUGCUUCUUGAUCUCCUGAGCGUAAGUUCUUGUAGGACCAAAAAGAUCCUAUGAUUAGUUUCGGAAAUACAGGGCCGGGUUAACAUAACAAAAUUUUGACAAAAAAUAAACAUUUCGGAAUAUGUUGAGUUCAGGCACUGACAUAUUCUAGGUUAAAAAAUGCCAAAGUAAUGUCAUCUGAAGCUUUCAAGUUGAAAUAGUAUAUUACAAUCCAAGACGGGAAGUGCUUCAUUCACUGAACCUCGAGACAGCAAUGAAGUUUCCCGUCGAGGUUUGUAUACUAUUUUAUUUUUAACCAUAAUUUCUUGAAAAAAAAAAAAUAAAUUCGUGACAACCAAAUAAAUGAGGUCGGGAAAUGAGGACGGGUAAUGAGGACGGAAAAAAUUUCCCGUCCUGGGAUAGUUGAUGUACCAGGAAAAUUAAAAGACAGAAAUGUGACAUUUUCAAAUUUUUGAAAAUGGGUCAUUUACAUUCACUUCGAAAUCCAAUUUGUCUUGAAAUUGACGUGCUUGUCAUAUGGCGGUAGCACAUAUCCAUUUACAUUGAAAUAAAUUUGAAGUUCACUUCGAAGUGCACUUUAAAUUUGGGCGAGAUGCUUGCCGAGGUCAAGCAGAAAUUUGUGAAAUGUUAAAUUUUUAGGUUAUUCAUCAUGAUUCUCAUUAAAUUCUGACGUUUUGACUUGACGUUUUUGUUUGGCAAUGUAAAUAAUAAAAUAUCAAACAUCAAAUUUAACUUAGGAAACCGGUCUUGUAUCUCUUGAACUAAUCAUAGGAUCUUUUUGGGCCUAUGAAAACUUACGUUUAGGAGGUCGAGAAGCAUAACAUAUUUCAAUUUCAUGACAAUCGUGAAAUUUAUUUUCUCUCGUAAGAUCCGUGCGUGAUCCUUUAUUUAAUUUACUGUUAUAUCUUAUUUCAAUAUUUUUUUUUGUGAAAGUUUUACUAAUUAUAAAAUUAGAUAUUGUAGUCCAAUCAUUAUAGAGGUACGGUUUCUUUCCAUACAGUGUCAAUAAAAGGGAAAAAUGAUCAGUAUCAAAAGCCAGGGAAUAAUCAUGGUCAUGGAGUAAAAUUUAGGAUAAUUGGACAAAAUAGAAGGACUAGAGAUAAAAGGACAAAAUUGGACGACUUUGUAAUGAUUAUUGAAAGAAAAAGACGAAGUUAAUAGUGCAAUGGACAGUUUACAAAGGUGAACUUUGUACAGAGUCUUUUCCCAUAUAUUGACACCUUCCCUAUAGGGGUGAUGCGAGAAGAUAUCAAAAAAUUGUGAAUACAAGAGUUUUGAGGUUUUACCUGAAAUUUUUGAAUCUAAUGUCAAAAACUGUUUUGUUCUUUUAAAAAUGUCAAAUUUUGAUAGAUGGUUGGUUUUUUCUUAUGGAAUACCCUAUAUAUUACUUUAAAGUUGAAAAAUGUAGAAUUUUCUGAAUUCAAAUAUAUGGUUUAACUACUUUUAAUUAAGCCGUUUUGAAAAUAUUGGGCUCUAAAUUUCAAGAAAAUAACAUUCUGUGACUACAUUGAAAGACCUCCUGUGUCAUGUCAAACAAUAACAAUGGCACCACCUACCAAGGUGUUUCAAUGUAUUUUCCUUGAAGUUUAGAGCCCGAUAUUUCCAAAACAGCUUAAUUAGAAGUAGUAAGUAGUUAAACCAUAUUAUUUGAAAUCGGAAAAUUCGACUCUUUUUAACUAUGAAGUCAUAUAUGGGGUGUUCCAUAAGAAAAAAAGUGAUCAUCUGUCAAAAUUUGACAUUUCUAAAAAAUAAUAGUAGAUUAUACCACAAGUUAAUAAUGAUAGCUAUUAUUCCCGAGGAUUAUUACGAACUGAGCCGCGUUAGCGGCGAGGGAGUAACAUUCCGAGGGAAUAAUAGCCAUUAUUGCGAGUAGUAUACUCUACUUUAUUUACGACAAAUUAAUUUAUUUAAGAUUUUCAAUGAACAAAUUUCAUCCGUCUCAUAAUUUUCAAUACAAAUCCACAAGCACUACACGUUUGACACUGACACUUUUGUGGAAUAAUGACCAUUAAUCCCUGGAGGAAUAACAUAUGUCAUUAUACUGCCAAAAUCACAAAUAUAAUACGCACAUUAUACAUUAGUCGUAAAUAAAAAAGGUUUUGACAUCGGAUUCAAAAAUUUCAGGGAAGACCCCAAAACUUUUGCAUUUACAAUUUUCUGAUAUCUCUUCGCAUAACCCCUGUAGUGGGGGGUCAAUAUAUGGGGAAAGACCUUGUACCUUCAGAUAUUAUUUUAGUCCCAUAAUAAUUGUAUAACGGACACUAUAAAUAAGGUAACCAAAUAAAAUGCACAGCUAAAACUAGAUUAUAAAGAAAAAAAUUGCUAAUUAUUCGUUUUUGUAUUAUUAUUUUCACAAACAAAUCUAAGGCUGGUCUUACGUUGAAUUUAUUCUCCUAAGCAAUUUAGUGUAAAGCCGACCUAAAAAAAAACUGAGUAUCUCUGAAACAACGCUAAACUUACCCCUAUCUGAAACAACACUAAACUUACCCCUAAUUACUUAUUUUGUAUGUAUAAAAAUCAACAAAUGAGGUAAAUGUCAAUAAUAGUAUUUUAUUAAAUUAGAAAAAAUCUGUUUUUUUAAUUUUUUGUACCUACAUUUAUAAUAAAAUUAAUUAACAAAUUAGGUUGUUAAUUAUCGGACUGGUAAAUUUAAUUACAUAAUUAUUAUGCCCGCAAUAAAACAAUCUUUAGUACUUAAUUACACAAUAAUUCAUUUCACUCUUGUCCGUCACUCUUUUACUAAACCUUAAAGUCUAAAACCAAAAAAGCUAUAUACAGAUAUCAUUUUUUUACAAAAAGAAAACUAGACAAUUUAUUAAAUUCACAAUAUAGGGCGGCGAGACACGUAAAAAAUAAAUAAAAAAUGUCUCAAUUUUUUUUAAUAAUAAUAAUAAUAAAUCAAACUGUUAUGGGAUUUGCUGUAAUUCUAGUACAAAUGGAAAUACCCUACGGUUUGAAACUUCAACAAAAAAAUAAAUAUAAACUUGAAAUAAUAAAAAAAAAAAUAAUAGUAAUAAUUUGCCUAAUCGCGACUGAGACACUGUAACGAACCUUCGAAUGCUGCCAUUAAAUCACUUUGCAUGUUCAUGUCUAUUUUAUUCGCCA